CACCACAACAACAACAACCUCGACAUAAGAACAACAACAACCUCAACAUAAGAACAAAAACAAACAACAACAACAAAUGUCUUACCCACCACCACCAUCACCAUAAUAACAACAACAACAACAACAACAACAACAACAACAACAACACAAACAACAACAACAACAACAACAACAACAACAACAAACACCGCAAGCGAGCCACCAUCAAACCCGGUUACGCCAACGGGCAAUCGCAGUGGCCUUGUAUGAAAGGCGCCAUUGAAAAUACUUUUUUGGAGCUAACUAGUUGCGGUCAGUGGUGACGGCCACCGGUGGCCUCGAGUGAAAGAGGCCUAUGGGAGGUAAUUAGUGGCGGCCAACAGUGGCGACCAUCGGUGGCCUCGAGUGAUAGACUACCCACAUGCUGUCUUGAAGAGCACUAAUCAACCCGGACUCUAGAUUAUCUCAAAGAGAAUCAAAGAUGAGCUCCGGGGGGCAGCAAGGCACAAGCAAGAUGGCGCCACAAUAAACACUUGCCUGCUCAAUAAAGGGUUGGAGCCGACCAACAGGCCCCAUCAGGAAGCCCUAACUAAACGAGAAUAAAGUAUAAAAAAACGUGCAACUCCCCCACAACAACAAUAAUAUCCACAACCACCAACAAUACAACAAUAAUAAUCACAACCACCACCACCACCACCUCCACAACAACAACAACAACCGCCACAACAGCAAUAACAACGUGCACCACAACCACCACAGUAAUCUGCAGCCCACCACCACCACCACAACCAUCGCCUCAGUGCCGCAGCCGUGAGAGGGUUUAGGGGGAAAAGACCCCGCCUAGGAGAAAAUUUGCCCCUCCCCACCAUGGGCUCCCAUAUAAGAUGAUGAGGGGAAAAAUGGAAUGUAGUUUAGAAUAUUGGAUUACUAUGUAUGGACACUACCCUUCCACCUUCAACCAGCAGAUAACUUGACCACGUGUGAUAACCCUCAUUCCACCCCAACCAACCCCACUCCCAUCCCAUCCACAACCACCACUUUCAUCACACUGCUCAUGACCACCACCACCACCGCCCCCACCACCACCACAACAACAAUACCAACCACUACCACCACACCCUUCACCACCACCACCACACCGCUCUUCACCAUCACCCACAGUCACCUAAAUAGAUCGAUAAAUAUGUACAUAGAUAAAUUUACAAAUAAAUAGAUAAACUGGUAGAUUGGUUGAGUGAGUGGUUGGCUGAGGAAUAGUAUGACUGACAAAUAGAUAGUAUAAUGACCUACAGUCUAACAGUCGUUCACAUGCUGCCUCUCACUUCACCGCUGUCCUUGUCAACACUCCUCCUCCUCCUCCUCCUCCUCCUCUUCCCCCAACAGGUGUUGCUCCCCCUGGCCCUCGUGCUCGCCGCCGUCGCCGCCGCCCCUGAAGGAUCCCCUGAGAGAUCCUACGGCGCCUCACCUGAGUCUUACGAGUCAGAGGAACCCAAAUACGAGUACAGCUACACGGUGAAGGAUUACUACGGCAAUGACUACGGCCACAAGGAACAGAGGGAUGGCGACUACACGGAAGGGUCGUAUUUCAACCACCUGCCCGACGGUCGCCUGCAGAGGGUAAGCUACGUUGUCGACGGGUACUCUGGCUUCUUGGCUGACGUGCAGUACGAGGGUGAGGCCCACUACGACUCCACCUCCAGAGAGUCCCAGGAGUCCUACUACAGACAAAGGAGAGGUUCCGGAGAAUCCAGAGAGGAAGAAACCCAAUCAGACUUAAGGCAAAGAGAAGAAAGCCCUAAGAAAAGCGAUAGGAAAGUUGAAUUUGAUGGACGCAGCAGGCAAAAGGGUGAGUCCAGAGAAUCUAGAAAGGAAAAAAAUCAAGAAUCGAGAAGAGAUGAAUCAAGGUCUGAGAGUGGUAACAGGGACUCGGUGAAUGGUGGAGGCGAUGGAUUAGAGUUCAAGAGACCUAGUGAGCCCAGAAAGAAAGAAAAUCAUCAAGAAUCAAAAGGAGGAGAUGAAUCAAGGUCUGAAGGCGGCAGCAGGGACUCGGUGAAUGGUGGAGGCGAUGGAUCAGUGUUCAAAAGCCCAAGAGAGUCUAUAGAGAAGGAAAACCAAUCAGAAUCUGGGCAAAACGAAGAGUCCGAGUCCGAGAGAAGCAUCGAGGACUCUGUGUUCAAUGGAAGCAAGAGACCAGUGUACUUCAGUCCAGUGGUAGACUUAGGACAGUCCCCGUUCAGCGUCAGUGAAGAGGACGGUGAAGACUCGAGGUCUUUGGACACCAGUGAACUUCUCAACUACAGGCCUCAGAUCCGCUACCAGCCGAGUCAAGAAAGUUGAUUGUACUUCCAGGCAGCCCACGAACAGAAUUAUAAACAAAGGACAGUAGAGACUGGCUUGAUAUGUUCCGGUGAGUUCUGCGCCAACUUCAGGGAUCAGAUCCACUAUGAAACCAAAUUGGUGAGUCCGUUGUGGCGUUGGCUCCCGCGGGUCCUCUCCUCCCCUCUGCUCCAAAGCAAGUAUAGAGAGGUAUCGUCACUCUCAUAGAACGUGAAGAACCAAAUUUUGAAAUGAGCUUUUUUAUUGGACCUCUCGGAUGUUUUUUUAUGUUAUAAACUACUACAAUUAAAUAA